AUAGCCUCGUUGUAAUAAACUGGUCCUAAACUCUCUUCCGCAUCAAAGCGGAUCCAAAAUGUCCGGAGAGGUGUAUCUUCUGUGGCUCCUUUCGCUUAUACAAACAUUGGCCGCUUAUGGAGCAGAACUGUCCUCAGAGGCGUGCAGGGAGACGGGUUUCUCCAGCAAUCUCCUGUGUAGUUCCUGUGACCUGCUGGGGGAGUUCAGCCUGAGCCAGAUCCAGCCUGUCUGUAGACAAUGUUGUCAACAGGAGGCCCAGAUGGAAUCCCGGAAGCUCUAUCCAGGGGCCAUCCUAGAGGUCUGUGGAUGAAAAUUGGGGAGGUUCCCCCAAGUCCAAGCUUUUGUCAGGAGUGACAAGCCGAAGAUGUUCAAGGGUCUUCAAGUGAAGUACGUGCGAGGAUCUGACCCUGUACUCAAGCUGCUGGACGAUAACGGGAACAUGGCUGAGGAACUCAGCAUUCUCAAGUGGAACACCGACAGUGUGGAGGAGUUCCUGAGUGAGAAAUUGGAGCGGAUAUAAUGGUUAUACGCGUUUUUCUUAUUUUCCUUUACAUUUUUUUGUUGGUUGACUUGAGCACACCAUUUAUGAUGGACUGCUCAAUUGACUGCACUGUUUAAAUAACUUUUUUUUACCUGACAACAAUGACAUUCAUCUUCACAAGAGUCUAGAAAUGUAGAAUUGCCUUUAACUGAUCCGAUUUCAAGGUGAGCGUAAAGCAAGAGAUUGAAACUGGUGGUCAACUUUUUUUUGAGUUUAUUAGUUUAUUUCCCCCCUCCUAUUCGUCUGAUAUCUGUAGUGUUUUUGGAUCCUAAAACUUGGUGUCAGCCAUGGGAUUGUUGGCCUGAGGGGGUCCUGGUGGCUCGCCACUGGCAGAUAUUUUUGAGAAGCACACUUUUGUGAAGGCCUUACAGUAAACCAAACCUGGAAUGUGAGGUCUGAUGUGUCUAUGUGCUACUCUGGAUAUCUUGCUAUGGCGAGAGGCUGGGUUCCACUGAUUGUGUGUAAGUGGGGAGGGGGGGGGGGGGGGGGGG